CAUGGCCGUGACGCCGUAGUCUCGCGAGAUGAGCCAAGGAGCUGGACGUUAACGGCGUUGCGGUACGUUCCAGCAGCGAUCCGGCACUGUGGGCUGUAUUAAGUAAAUCGUGACUGUCCCGCGGAAAGCGGGACUGUUGGACGGUAUCUGAACGGUUUCAGCCAAUUAGCAGCUCUCACAUCUGAAUCCUAGGAGUCUAUAGUUGAACGUCCCAUCACACCCGGUGCUGACUCUCCCUCGGUUCUACAUUCGCCAGUCUUUACACGUACGUCUUUGUGCUACACGUGUGUGUGUGUCUGCACAGCUCACUCUCCCAAGGGGACUCUGUUCUUCCCUUUUUUUUAUUAUUAUUACUGAUAUUUUAUUUUUAAUACUGGGUUAGCAAAGAAGGGAUUCCAAGGCGGCUCAGGAUUAUUUCUGGCUCCACAGGAAAAUGUCUGCGGCCAGUGUGGAUCAGUGACCUUUUUCUUUUUUUUCCACGUUGUUGCAGAGACCUAAAGGGCAGGGAAACAAAGGACAUUGGCCACCAGUUGCAGUACAGAACGGUUCAAUGCAUCAGAAAGAUGCAGUAAAUGACGAUGACUUUGAGCCAUAUCUAAAUAGCCAGACUAAUCAGAAUAAUAGCUAUCCACCAAUGUCAGACCCAUACAUGCCUAGUUAUUAUGCUCCUUCAAUCGGAUUUCCUUACUCUCUCGGUGAGGCAGCAUGGUCAACAGCUGGUGACCCACCAAUGCCAUAUUUAUACGGACAGAUGAGCAAUGGGGAACACCACUACAUACCAGAUGGAGUGUUUAGUCAGCCUGGUGCUUUGGGAAACACUCCUCCCUUCCUCAGCCAGCAUGGGUUUAAUUUUUUUCCUGGUAAUGCAGAUUUCUCUACGUGGGGGACAAGUGGAUCUCAGGGACAAUCAACACAAAGUUCUGCUUAUAGUAGUAGCUACGGAUACCCACCUAGUUCUCUUGGUAGAGCCAUAGCUGAUGGACAAGCUGGAUUUGGCAAUGACACUCUGAGCAAAGUGCCAGGCAUUAAUAGUAUAGAGCAGGGCAUGACCGGGCUGAAAAUUGGUGGUGACAUGACUGCUGCUGUAACAAAAACUGUAGGGUCAGCUUUGUCUAGUGCAGGGAUGACAAGCAUAGCAGUAAACAGUGUACCUCCUGUUAGCAGUUCAGCACCUAAGCCAACCUCUUGGGCUGCCAUUGCUCGGAAGCCAGCAAAGCCUCAACCUAAAUUAAAGCCUAAAGGUAAUGUGGGGAUUGGUAGCUCUGCUGUUCCUCCGCCACCUAUAAAACACAACAUAAAUAUUGGAACUUGGGAUGAUAAAGGGGCUAUUGUAAAAACGCCCCCCAUUCAACCAGUUUUGCCUCCUCAGCCUGUGAUUCAACAGCCGCAGCCAUUAAUUCAACCUCUACCCAUGGUGCAAAACCAACUGCCUCAGCAGCAGCUACAGCAACAAGGACCUCAGCAGCCACCUCACCAGCUUCAGCAGCAACUUCAAAACCGCUGGGUGGCACCUAGAAACAGGGGGACGGGCUUCAAUCAGAACAAUUUGUCUGGCAAUGAGAAUUUUAGUUUAGGUGUUGUGCCUGUUAGCUCUUCGCCUUCUGGUUUUGAAGUACACCCAGUACUGGAGAAACUGAAGGCCAUUAACAACUAUAAUCCCAAAGACUUUGACUGGAGUCUAAAAAAUGGACGUGUGUUUAUCAUCAAGAGCUACUCUGAGGACGAUAUUCACCGUUCUAUGAAGUACUCAAUCUGGUGCAGUACUGAGCAUGGCAAUAAACGUUUGGAUGCUGCUUACCGAUCCUUAAAUGGAAAAGGCCCACUUUAUUUACUCUUCAGUGUAAAUGGAAGUGGACAUUUUUGUGGUGUAGCUGAAAUGAAGUCUGUUGUGGACUAUAAUGCUUAUGCUGGAGUCUGGUCCCAGGACAAAUGGAAGGGAAAGUUUGAUGUCAAAUGGGUCUUUGUCAAAGACGUUCCUAAUAACCAGUUGCGGCAUAUUCGUUUAGAAAAUAACGAUAACAAGCCUGUUACCAACUCAAGGGACACUCAAGAGGUACCCCUAGAAAAGGCCAAGCAAGUUCUUAAAAUAAUUGCUAUGUUCAAGCAUACAACCUCUAUCUUUGAUGACUUUGCACAUUAUGAGAAGCGUCAAGAAGAGGAAGAAGCCAUGCGUAGGGAGAGAAAUAGAAACAAACAAUAAUCGUGAGCGAUAUCCUGCUAUAAUCACAACACUAAUGAUGUAGACUCUGGAAAUGCAUACUAUUUCAAAGAAUACAGUUAAUGCUUUUUAUUUCUGCUUUGGUGAGAUCGUUCGACACUUUAACACAAAAUUUACUUUUUUCCCUCUCAUAAUGGUUUCUUCAUAUGCCCUGAUGCUUUCUCAUCAGACACACUUGAGAACUUUAACUUUGUCAAGCACUUUCUGUCCUGAUGCUUUUACCAGUAUCUGCUGUCUUUUUCUUUUUUGUAAUCAUCUUAAUCUUAAUCAGCUUAAUCUCUGGAGACUCAUUGAAUGCAAGGAUACUUUGUUUUAAAAUUGUUAAAAAUACUAAUCUUGUUAGAAAAGUUAACGUGACAUUUACAAUGUUGUUUUUCUUUAUGGAUUUUAUGGGGUUCUUCUAUUAGAUGUGGAAAAUUUAAAGAAACGCAAAUGAUGCCAUGUAAAAUUCCAGAGUACAUCUGCAUUGUCUAUGAAAUCAUUGCAGUAAUAUUAUGGCACACCAACUUAAAACUUUAGCUUCGCCAAAUUACUUUCAUGCUGUCGGCAAAUACUCAUUGACUGAUUUGUUUUGACUGUUUGGUGUAAGAUAAGAUUAAACUGUAGUUUGUAGCCACCAAGUUUAAUGCACAUUUUUGUAUUACUGUAACUUUUUUGCUUUUUUGCCAAAAGCAGUCGAGGGUACUGAUGUUUGGCAGCAAAGGGGGGCAUAAAAGCACCUUUUAUUUUGUACAACUCCGAUUCACAAAUCUCAAUGUUAUUACCUCAGUCCAGAAGAGACUUUUAAUGACAUUUAUACCUAUGGAAACUUUUAAACUUGGGUCUGCACGCUUCAGCAAGUGCUCCCACAAAAUCUAGAAUUUUACACCUUUGCGAAUUCAAUAAACCUGAUUCUCCAUUAUGUAGCAUUUAUUUGAAGUUAAGCAUUUAUUUGAAGUUCAGCACUUUUUUUUUUUUUUUUUUGUCUUUUCUUGCCUUGUAUUUUUUUUUCUCGACUUCAUUGCUUGAAUUGUAAGGUUAUUUUUAGUGGAAAUAAUGUGAUCUUUUUUUUCUUUGAAUCCUGCUUUUUCAUCUGAUACCUAAAUUUAGCUUAAGUGCCUAUUUUUUUUAUAUUUAAUUUCUUUCUAAAUCAUAUAUGCUAAUAUUCAGUGCUUUCAAAAAAUAUAAUAAUGUAACCUUAUCUAUUUUAUUGCAUUUGUGUUUUAUUCACAAGAAUUGUUUUUAGUGCUACAUACAUAUGUUCUGUGUAGAUACUAAAAAUGUUUGUGGUCCUCCUACUGAGUUUGUUUUCUGGCUUGAAGAUGAAGACUUCAAAACUACAGCAAUUUUUAAUGCAAAAGGAAAGUUUUUGUUACAGAUAUGAAAUGGCAUUUUUACUGCAUAAAUUGAGUACUAAGAUAAAUUGGACAAAUUCAGCUCAACCAAAUUAUUUAGCUGUUGGCAUUGUUAGUAUUUUUGUUGGAGUGAAAGAAUGUGUUUAUAUUCAUGUAUGUUGUACCAUAUUCAUACCACUUCAAUUUAAUAUUCUCCCUGGUACUUUUUUGCAUUGGAACUUUUGUUCUGCCAUGGUUUCUUCCAUGUAAGUAUUUAUUCCACCCUAUUCUGUUAGAUGCUCCUUUUAGGGCUAUGUUACUCAUGGGGUUUUAACAGAAAUAAGCAUUACUAUAGAAUACCCAGUAAUACUCUUGUAUAACACACUUAACAUGAUGAUAGCUUAAAAAACAAAAGUCAGAAUGUGUGGAAACUGAUAGGUCAACACAAAUCAUAUUUUUUCUUGGAUUGACUGUUUUUGGGAAAUAAGUGCAAAGGUUUUUGGGAGUGUAGAGCAAAUUUUGGGUAAUUUUAAAAUCUUGCUGGCUGAUACACACAUCGGACACAAUUUUAUAUCUUAUAAUUCUAUAAUCAAGCGUCAUUAAACCCCGUGUGUGACAUCGCCCUUAGAACUGGAUUUCUUUAGUUUUUUUACUUUAACCAGAGGUCACUCUUGUGGAGUUAGUAAUCCAUUUCAUAAAUCAUGCUUGGCUCAUUUGAGAGAUGUUUUGUGAAUCCAAACCUGCAAGGGGCUUUUGAAAUCAUCCCUGAUGUCUUUUAGAUUACAGACAAAUUGGUUUUAAUCUGUUUUUAUUCAAUGACCUCCCAAGUACAUAUAUAUGUGUGUGUGCAGCACCAAUGAAGGACAGCAGGAGGAGUAGUGACACUAAAAAAAACAUGCUUGAAAAGUGAAUUAGAAAGAAGAGUACAUCUUAAGCCCCUUUA